CCAACCACAUCGCUCCAGGUCACCUAUGGUAUAAGUAUCACCAUAGGACAUCGUGGCGUCCAAAUCUCCAGAUCAAUUAUCUUCACCCUCUGCUUUCAACUGAGAUAGAUAGUAUCGUGCAUCUUCUGGCAGUACCGCUUGACUCGUGGGGCUUCUCCCACUUCGAUGUUGCCCGGGCUUUCACGGGAAGCUUGAACACACAAGAUGUCUUACGGAUACAACGCUGCAGUAACACGCAACGUCGAUAUGAGCAGAACGGAGGCGGAUCUUGCUAUCAAUAUUCGCAAAGCCACCAGUAUCGAGGAGACUGCUCCAAAAAGGAAACAUGUCCGGAGUUGUAUCGUCUAUACAUGGGACCAUAAAUCGUCAGCGUCUUUCUGGGCGGGUAUGAAAGUACAGCCCAUUCUUGCCGACGAAGUUCAGACAUUCAAAGCCCUGAUAACCAUACAUAAAGUGCUGCAAGAGGGGCAUCCUAUAGUCGUUCGAGAGGCGCAAAGCCAUGUGAACUGGCUCGACAGUCUAACAAGGGGUGUGGCUGGUGAGGGCAUUAGAGGCUAUGGACCAUUGAUCAGAGAAUAUGUUUUCUUCCUGGAGUCAAAACUGGCAUUUCACCGCCAUCAUCCGGAAUUCAACGGGCUCUUUGAGUAUGAGGAGUAUAUCAGUUUGAAGACAAUCAACGAUCCCAAUGAAGGUUACGAGACAAUCACUGAUCUCAUGACCUUACAAGAUCAGAUCGAUGCUUUCCAAAAAUUGAUAUUCUCUCACUUCCAAAGCGGUACCAAUAAUGAAUGCAGGAUAUCUGCACUUGUCCCACUUGUACAGGAAAGCUAUGGCAUCUACAAGUUUAUAACAAGCAUGUUAAGGGCUAUGCAUACUACUACGGGAGAUGACGAGGCACUCGAACCACUGCGUAACCGUUACAACGCUCAACAUUAUCGACUCGUCCGAUUCUAUUACGAAUGCUCUAACUUGCGUUAUCUUACCAGCUUAAUAACCAUACCUAAACUUCCUCAGGAUCCCCCAAAUCUGUUGGCCGAAGACGACGAACGUCCUGCCCUCCCAAAGAGACCAACGAAAGAAGUCGAGCGUGAACAAUCUCCGCCACCGAAGCUAUCCGCGGCUGAUCCGGAACCGAUUAACGAUUUCUGGACAAAUGAAGCCAAGCGUCAACAAGAAGAGUACGAAGCUGAGCAACGACGAUUGCAACAGCAAUGGGAGGAACAGCAACGGCAACAGCUCCUGGCUCAGCAACAAGCUCAGCGCGAUUUCGAAGAACAACAACGUUUGCAGGCUGAGCAGCAGCGCUUAGCGCAGGAACAGCUACUACGAGACCAGUACCAGGCGCAGACCCAGGGUGCGCUGGCUGAAUUGGAACGUGAAAACCUCAAUGCGCGAGCGCAAUAUGAACGGGAUCAAUUGAUGUUACAGCAGUACGAUAAGCGCAUGAAGGAUUUGGAGGAGCAGUUGAACCAGUUCAACUCCAACUUCAAUUUACAAAUGGCAUCCAAAGAUGAUCAGAUAAGAGCUCUGCAGGAACAAGUGAAUACUUGGCGUACGAAAUACGAAGCUCUAGCCAAGCUGUACUCCAAACUACGCCAGGAGCACCUUGAUCUUCUACAAACAACAAAGAACCUGAAACUGAAAGCAGCCUCUGCACAAGAAGCCAUUGACAGGCGCGAGAAGCUUGAGCGAGAGAUGAAGACUAAGAACCUCGAACUGGCAGAUAUGAUCAGAGAGAGAGACCGUGCUUUACAUGAGAGGGAUCGGCUCAGUGGAAACAACAAAGAAGAGGUUGAGAAGCUGAAGCGAGAAUUAAGGUUCGCUAUCGAGCGAGCAGAGAAUGCAGAACGUGCAAAGGGCUCGGAACUAUCUUCUAUGUUGGCGAAAUACAACAGGGAAAUGGCUGACCUGGAAGAGGCUCUACGCAACAAAACUCGUGCUCUUGAAGAGCUAUCAGCGCGACACGGGGAACAAGACACUGACCGUGAGAUUGCUUUGCGCGAGAAAGACGAAGAGAUAGAGGUUUACAAGUCUGGAAUGGAACAAGCUCUGAUGGAGUUGGAGGAACUGAAAUUGAGCCAGGGAGACGCCGAUCAUGCACUUGAUACGCAAAUUGACAGCGUAUUACUGAGUACUGUUUCUAAGGUCAAUGACAUGAUUGAUUCAGUCCUUCAGAGUGGUGUGCAGCGUGUAGAUGACGCUCUCUAUGAGCUGGACUCUACAAUGCAGGCCGGUAACCAGAACGCGUCUGCACCAUACGUACUGUCUCAAAUCGAGAAGGCAUCUGCAUCGGCUACUGAGUUCUCCACCGCUUUCAACAACUUCAUAGCAGACGGCCCGAACAGUGCUCACUCUGAGAUCAUCCGCACGGUGUCUAUAUUUUCCGGUUCAGUUGCGGAUGUCCUCAGCAACACCAAAGGUCUGACUCGUUUCGCGACGGAUGAGAAAAGCGCGGAUCAACUUAUUGGUGCUGCUCGCAAAGCUGCUCAAGCUACUGUGCGGUUCUUCCGUGGCUUGCAAUCCUUCCGCCUCGAAGGAAUGGAGCCUCUACAGAAAACCGAUGUGGUCAUCAACAACAACUUAGAAGUCCAGAAGGACCUUCAAGCACUUUCUAAGUUAGCCGACACUUUCACUCCGAAGAGCAGCAAGAUCAGCACAUCUGGUGAUCUAGGCGAUCUGGUAGACAAGGAGCUUACGAAGGCCGCGGAUGCUAUUGACGCUGCUGCAGAGCGCUUGGCUAAACUAAAGAAAAAGCCGCGCGAUGGAUACUCGACAUACGAACUACGGAUCAACGAUGUUAUCCUCGAAGCUGCCAUCGCUGUCACCAAUGCAAUCGCCGAACUUAUCAAAGCUGCCACAGCAUCACAACAGGAGAUCGUCAAAGAAGGCCGCGGGAGCUCGUCAAGGACAGCAUUCUAUAAGAAGAAUAACAGAUGGACGGAGGGUCUCAUAUCAGCUGCGAAAGCUGUGGCGUCCUCCACAAAUACCCUCAUCGAAACUGCCGAUGGUGUUAUUUCAGGACGCAAUUCACCAGAACAGCUGAUUGUUGCCAGUAACGAUGUGGCAGCGAGCACGGCGCAGCUUGUUGCUGCUAGCCGAGUCAAGGCUACGUUUAUGAGUAAGACUCAGGACCGUCUGGAGACCGCAAGCAAGGCUGUCGGGGCUGCCUGCAGAAGUCUGGUUCGACAAGUUCAGGACAUAAUAGCUGAAAAGAGCCGAGACGAGACUGAAGUUGUCGAUUACACGAAGCUCAGCAGUCACGAAUUCAAAGUACGAGAAAUGGAGCAGCAGGUCGAAAUUCUCCAGCUCGAAAACAAUUUGGCCAGGGCCCGACAGAGGCUGGGAGAAAUGCGCAAGAUCUCUUACCAGGAGGAGUAAAAUAAACGUUCAGAUCACGUUAUCUGUAUUGUGCACAACGCACAGUCCGGUCCUUGUCUGGUCCUGUGAAUCUCUAGCUUAGUUUGAGUAGAACGGUUCUAGCGACGCAGUAUAUAUUUUCCUUCCGUACGUGGUUCAGUUCCCGAUGCCAUCUCCUUAUUCUGUUCAUCUUGUUUUCUUAUCACAUUCCUCGGUCACUCAGUCCGUGAUCGCCGUAGUAUCGGUCCACGGUUCUCAUAAGGCUGCCUACAUCUGAUUGGCAAAGUACCAUUAUAUCUCAAUAAUGAAAUACUUAGCUUUGCAAGUCGUUAUAUUUUGAUUCAAGCCUCUUGAUUAAACUUGACGAUUGCCGGCGCAGGAUCACACCCAGAGUGGCACACAAGACUAGUAGAGAAAGAAUGGUGUUAGAACAGUUCAAAUCACGAAUCGAACUCAUCUCUACCCUAACAUAA